CCGAGGUGUUAUCAAUGAGUGUCCGCGGAGCUGGAGCAGCAGCAUCCCCGCUGCACGGCCAUCCUCCACCCCUUCUCCCUCUGACACCGCUCUGAAUGCAUGAAGCCUUAACCACCUGCUCCUCAUCCUGCUCCUCCUCAUCCUCCUCAUCCCUCUCUCCGGCUCUCCUCCUCGAGCAGCUGUGGGGGGGAAUCCGGGCAAAGGCAGCCGCGGGGCCGCGCACCGGCCCGGCGGGGACGCGCCGCCGCGGAGACCCACCAGCAUGCUGACGCGGGUGAAGUCUGCGGUGGCCGGGCUGGUGGGGGGCAUCGUGGCCGGGGCCGGCUCCGGGGGCCCGAACGGCCAGCCCGGCCCCGACACGCCGUGCAAAUUCCCCUACAGCAGACCCGAGUUCCUGGGGCUGUCCCCGGACGAGGUGGAGUGUUCUGCGGACCACGGAGCCCGGCCCAUCCUCAUCCUGAAGGAGACCCGGAGAUUACCCUGGGCCACCGGGUACGCAGAGGUGAUUAAUGCUGGCAAGAGUAUGCUGAAUGAGGACCAGGCCUGCUGCGAGGUGGUGGUGUCAAGAAGGAGACCGAUGAGCUACUGCCCCCCGUCCACGCCCAGCAAGACCCCGACCGCCAAGAGACGCAACUCCUUACCCAACGGGGAGAGCCUCGGGCUCCGGGUGGACAACAACAGGAUGGGAGAGGACAGCGAAGGUCUCAUUUUCCACUACUGGGCCUUGUUCGAUGGCCACGCCGGAUCAGGAGCGGCCGUCGUGGCGUCCCGCCUGCUGCAGCACCACAUCGCCUGCCAGCUGCAGGUGGUCAUCGAGGUGCUGCGCGACCUGCAAUCCCUACCUCCAACGGUGCUGGGGGAGGAGCCGGACGGCAACCCGUACGUCCAGGGAAACCCCGCGGGGCCUCACCGCGCCCUGACGCGCGCCGCCUCCCUGCGCGGGGCCGCCGGCGCCCCGAGCUCCCCGAGCAACGCCCCGCCUCCGCCGCGCUUCUAUUCUGAGAAGAAGAUCCAUCACGACAGCCUGGUGAUAGGAGCAAUAGAGAACGCUUUCAAGGACAUGGACGCCCAGAUCGAGAGAGAAAAGCACGUUUUCAACAUCACCGGCGGCUGCACGGCUCUCACCGUGGUUUACCUGCUGGGGAAACUCUACGUGGGGAACGCAGGAGACAGCAGGGCCAUUAUUAUCAGAAACAAUGACAUCGUCGCCAUGUCGACAGAGUUCACCCCGGAGUCAGAACGGCAGCGACUCCAGUUCCUGGGUUACAUGCAGCCUCACCUGUUGGGGAACGAGUUCACCCACCUGGAAUUCCCCCGGAGGGUUCAGAGGAAGGAGGUGGGCAAGAGGAUGCUGUUCAGGGACUUCACCAUGAACGGAUGGGCGUACAAGACCAUCGAGGAGGAGGAUCUUAAAUUUCCUCUUAUAUACGGCGAGGGGAAAAAGGCGCGGGUUCUGGCCACGAUCGGUGUCACACGUGGACUCGGUGACCACGACCUCAAAGUUCAUGACUCCAACAUUUACAUCAAACCGUUCCUUUCCUGUUGCCCCGAGGUGAAGGUGUACAACCUGAUGCAGUACGAACACGGGGUGGACGAUGUUCUGGUGAUGGGAACUGACGGACUAUGGGACGUCCUUUCCAACGAGGAAGUAGCCGAAGCCGUCACCAGCUUUCUAGCCAACUGUGACCCUGACGACCCGCAUCGGUACACGAUGGCAGCGCAGGAUCUGGUGAUGCGAGCGCGAGGCGUGUUGAGGGACCGAGGCUGGAGGAUCUCAAACGAGCGGCUCGGCUCGGGGGACGACAUCUCGGUCUUCAUCAUCCCCCUGAUGUACGGCAGCCGGCAGCCCUGAGGAGCCGCUGCAGAGACGCAGCAGUUCAGGGAUCUGAAGGGGCCUGUGUCCUCAGCGGGACUGAUAAGUUCUGAAAACAAAAAAACCCAUUUUUAGUUUCACUUUGUGACUGCGAGCGAAGAACACAGAUUUUGUUGUUGCUUCACUUCUCCGUGGAAGUUCAGGAGCGGUCGGGUCAGAGGAAGCACAGACGCCUCCUGUAAACUUAAAAAACAGGAUCAUUUAAUUAGCGUCACGAAUCAGUACUGUGAAAAGCCGGCCUGUUACAAGUUAUAAAAGGAAGAUCUCGUGUGUUGAUUUCACACGUCAUUUCCUCUGGUUAUGGACGCAGCUGUUCCUGAACUUCUACCGAGAUGUCAAAGCUCGAGAAUGUUUUUACAGCGCGAAGAGAAGGCUCUCUCUUUCUCUUUACCUCAUUCUUUGUGCUGUACUUGCCUCCUUCCUUCUUCCCAUUUCCUCCCAUUUCUUCUCUUAUACCAUAAAGUCCACUGGUCUUUUUAAAAGAAAUACCUCCUUAGUCUUGUGAACAUGGACCAAGCUGACGGGUCAGCUACUUUUCUGUUUCGCCACAGUGUGGCUUGGAGGAUUCCCCUGCUGAUGAACUGCUUCCCUAUGCUGAACAAAUGAAAGAAGAGGCAGUAGGGUCGCAGAAGAGAAGAGAUGAGUGCCAGUUUUUCACCUCAUACAAGAAAUGUUCCUCAUUUUGAGAAAACACGUGGACAAUGAGUUGAUAUGAUUUAGGAAGACGGUUAGAAAGUAACGGGAAGCUCACUGUUCACACUACAAGACAUUUGAUCAUUUCAAGUCAUCCCAUCGAUUUUCUGUUUAAACUUUAACUGUUUUCUAAAGUCAUAUUGUUACUUUCCUUUAAUUGAAUAUUUCGGGAUGUAGUUUAUGAUGUUUUUUUGUUGUUUUUUUU